CCAUGGAAGGUCGCCAUGAACCAGUACGUCCAGAGCAGCGUGUUCAAUCCCCAUUGGUCAACCAGCCCGAACACCUGGGGUCUAUUCAGACGAUGUUGCGUCUGGUAUCUGUAUAUUAAUACACUUGCCACCAACAGAGAGAGACCAGUGUUUGCACAGUCAGCACGUUGUCAGACAGAACCUUUCGCAGAAAGAGAAAGCGCAUUCAUCCCAAGAUUCUUUAAACAGCGCCGAUCACGUCCCUGGCUGACAAUGAAGGCACUAAUCUUUAUCCUGGCAUUUGUGGCCUGUGUCAUGGGACACAACGAGGGGCCUUCUUCUAAUGACUUCGAGGAGCCUAUGCAACUGGAGCAAGCCUUUGAAAUUCUGGGUAGGGAUGGAGACGACCACGCACUGACCGAAUUCGGGUCUCCAGAAGAGAUUACCAGAUCCCUCGGUUUUCUCAGUGUUGUCCAAUGCAGCAACUUGAGGUUGUUCGCAGUUACACUGACAAAUGUGAUCAGCCGUGUGUGCGUUUAAUGAAGAAAUGUAGAGCAAGCAUGCAUGAAUGGACGCUUUGAUUAUCACUUGCAUCCUGUCAAAUGAAGAAUGUUGACAUGAAUAAAAAACAUAAAAAAAAGUUUUUAAUUUU